GAGAAGCCGAUCUCCUCUCCUCCUUUUUCCUUCGCUUCCCUCCCCCUUUCCAGCUCCACCUCCUCCUCCUCCCCCAGCCCUUGUGUGGGACUCCAUUUUCCCAGCCCCAAAGUCUCCAAGGAAGGGGCCGUGGGAGCGUACCUUCAAGAUGGAAUAGAACCGAUUCUUUCCUCAACGCUGCCCUUGUGUCGCUCGUUGCCAAAUUAGGAUAUACGUCUUUUGUGUGUGUGUGUGUGUGUCUGUGCGUGCGCGCGCCUGUGGACUAUUUGCCUUGUGGUUUGCCAAGAAUGGAUGACCAAGGGAGGCUUAUCCAAGCCAGAGGGGCAGUGGGGCUCACAGGCCACCCCCCAGUCCAAGGAGUCCAGACCAUGACCCCCCACUCUCUCCACGAGCCCCCUUCGGAUAACGGAGAGCCACGGAAGCAAGACAUCGGUGACAUCCUCCAACAGAUUAUGACCAUCACCGACCAAAGCUUGGACGAGGCGCAGGCAAAUUUAAACUGCAGGAAACACGCUCUGAAUUGCCAUCGAAUGAAACCAGCCCUGUUCACCGUGCUUUGCGAAAUCAAAGAAAAAACAGGACUGAGCAUCCGGAGUUCGCAAGAGGAAGAGCCCGUGGACCCCCAGCUGAUGCGUCUGGACAAUAUGCUCCUUGCUGAGGGGGUGGCCGGGCCUGAGAAGGGGGGCGGUUCAGCAGCUGCUGCCGCUGCCGCCGCAGCCGCAGGAGGGGUAUCCCCGGACAACUCCAUCGAACACUCCGACUAUCGCAACAAGCUCUCCCAGAUCCGCCAGAUCUACCACUCGGAGCUGGAGAAGUACGAACAGGCCUGCAACGAGUUCACAACCCAUGUGAUGAACCUCCUUCGGGAGCAGAGCCGCACGCGCCCUGUGUCGCCCAAGGAGAUUGAGCGCAUGGUCAGCAUCAUCCACCGCAAAUUCAGCUCCAUCCAGAUGCAGCUGAAGCAGAGCACCUGCGAAGCCGUCAUGAUCCUGCGCUCCCGCUUUCUCGAUGCCAGGCGGAAACGCCGCAACUUUAGCAAACAGGCCACAGAGGUGUUGAAUGAGUACUUCUAUUCGCACCUGAGCAACCCCUAUCCCAGCGAGGAGGCCAAGGAGGAGCUCGCCAAGAAAUGCGGCAUCACCGUCUCACAGGUCUCAAACUGGUUCGGGAACAAGCGCAUCCGCUAUAAGAAGAACAUCGGCAAGUUCCAAGAGGAAGCCAAUAUUUACGCCGUGAAAACGGCUGUCAGCGCCGCGCAGAGUGGGGGCGACUCCCCCAACACCCCCUCCUCCGCGGGCUCUGGCGGAUCCUUCAAUCUCUCCAGCUCCGGCGACAUGUUCAUGGGCCUUCAAGGCCUGAAUGGAGACUCCUAUCCCACAUCGCAGGUGGAAUCGAUGCGUCACUCCAUGGGGCCGGGCGGCUAUGGGGACAGUAUGGCUGCUAGCCAGAUGUACAGCCCACGAGAAAUGAGGGCCAACGGUGGCUGGCAAGAAGCGGCCACCCCCUCCUCUGUGACCUCCCCAACAGAAGGUCCUGGCAGCGUCCACUCCGACACCUCCAACUGAUCCCCUUCUGCCAAGCGCCUCCCUCCCUGCCUGUCUUGUCCCUUCGGGCUUCAGGGAAGAGGCCAAAGCCAAACGAGACUGGGCAGGGGAAAGGAAACCUCUUCUCUGCUGAGAGAAUCACCGCAUCACAGUGCCAGGAAAAGGGGAUGGGGAGGGAAACCCAGCAUGGCACCUCUUGGGAUUUACAGUGGCAGCCCUCCUUUGGGGAAGAUCGCUCAGGAGGCGACUGUUGUGACCCAAGAUGGUUCGUCUUUCCACGAUCCCAAACGGCGCCCGCUUAGUAACCGAGAUGCAACUCUAGAAAUGGUGAAGGGGACCCAAUAUAGCCACAUUG